AUUUGACGUCCUUGAAAGUUCAACGUCUUUGAUGAAAGCCUUGAAUAUGAAUGAAUUUGUUGUAGUAUUAUUAAAGAAUAAUCUUUUAUAAGUGUAUCUAUAUAAUUUUAUAUAAAAACCUAACAAUGGCGGCAUUUGAGCGAGUCAGUGGAUUUUACGUGAAGCCACAUAAUUUUCUCGAUAGACUCGACAUUAGAAAAAUCCGCCUACCUCCGAUAGCUCCUAAUGAUGAUAACUAUGAUCCUCUUGACCACAGGAAUCCUCAAGCUCCCAUAAAACCAUGGAUGGCAUACUUCAACAUGCUGAGGUCUCUGUUUGGCCCCGGUGUACUGAUUAUGCCUUUAGCCAUAAGUCAGGCUGGCCUCAUCUUCGGGCCUAUUCUAGGCCUCUUUUAUGGACUACUGCUAGUACAUACACACAUCAUGUUGUUAAAGAGUCUAACUGAGAUAGCGAGACAGCUGAAAAUACCAUACAUAUCGUAUAGAUACGGUUUUCGCUUGGCAGUGCUUCAUGGUCCGCCCAUAUUCAAGGGCCUUGGAAAACGUGGUCCACAAAUCAUAGCAGUAUUUAUGUUUAUGAGUCAGCUUGGAAUUUGCACAAUUUUCGUAAUUCUAACCUCGGACAGUCUGAAAGAUCUCAUGGACUGGGAGAGCAACAAUACAGCACUGUUAGUGUUGCUGCCUCCUUUCCUAAUGUUAGAGUUUUGCAUGAAAAGCUUGUCCACUGUCAGUUACAUCGCAUUGGCAGGUACUAUGUUGAAUUUAAUAGGAUUAACACUAGUGAUAUAUCAGACAUUAAGUGAUCCCGCGAAGAUAUACAAAUACGCAGCCCAUGAUUUGAUGCCCAUAAUGUACGCGUGUGGCGCGUACCUAUGUAACUUAAGUGCAGUCGGAGUGAUCCUACAACUGGACAAAAAUUUGAAGAAUCCUAGAAUAAUGACGAGCAAGUUUGGCGUGAUCCCUGUUGGUAUGUUGGUGCCCACCGUGGUCUGCAUGGUUGUUGGGGGCCUGGGCUACUGGUCCUUCGGCACCAUGGAGGAGAACGUCCUCCGAGUACUCCCGCUUGACGAAGUAACAGCAUUGAUCAUUCUCUCCGUUUACGUGAUAUCUGUGACGUUCGCAUACCCCAUACAAUGUUACCCAGCCAUCGCCGUGGUAAUAGAAGUAAUCAAGUACCAUGAUCCGUUGGCUGUUCCUGAAGCUAAAAUGCUGCAUAGAAUAGAGACCUUUGGACGACCGCUGUUCGUACUGUUAACCUUUACGAUCUGCUAUUUCGUGCCAUUCCAAGCUCCAUUCGUUGCGUUCACGGGUAACCUCUGCACCUCAAUGAUGUCUGUGGUCUUCCCAGCUCUGAUGGACACCUGCCUGAAGUACCCUAGCCACUACGGUUACAUGAACUUCCAUUUAAUCAAGAACCUUCUUCUCAUUGCCUUAGGCCUCUUCAACUGGAUCGUAGGCGCAUUCAUGUGUGGUUAUAUUAUUCACGUAAGGAUUCUCGCGAGAAAUUCGCCAAACAAUCCUGGUUUUUAUUAAUUUUGCUUUAGUCUAUUUUAUA